AUUGUUGUCGGUUGUAAAUUACUCUUAUCAUUCAUUAAAGUCGCCAUAUCUAUAUUUUUCUUUAUAUUCUUUCAAUUUCACGGUUGAAAAAUCUCAUGCACUUCCAUUACAAGAAGAAGAGAGACAGAGAGAGAGAGAAGUACAGUACAGAGGGAGACCUACGCCUAACCCUUUCAGACUCGGACACGUGAAGCACUUAAUUGCUUGCCCCUGCUAAAACCAAUACUACCCACAUCUUCCAAAACUUGUAUUCACCACGCUCUCUGUCACUGCUCUACCGCUCUCUGCUAUUGCAGCUAAUGCUGUCUCAGAUUUUCUUCAAUAUCUUUGUUUAAUUACCCAAUUCAUUUCCUUUACGAUGCACCCUUUUCUCGGUUUAAUCAUACCCAUCAUUCAAUUUCGCUUACUUUUCCACUUUCUUUAGCUUUUUCACAUUUCUCUUUAUCCGCCGCCGUGAUUUGUAUACCUCCAUGCACGGCUGCAGCCGCCUAGGCAACGGCCGCUCCGUCACUGCAACCACCACACCUUCUCCUCCAUCCUCCCCUCGCCUCCGCCAUAGCCGGGGAAAGUCUGGUGGGAAUGAUGGAGGUGCUACCGGUGGUGGUGGUGGCGGUGGUGGUGGUCGUGGCUCCAAACAGAAUUGGGUAGAGAAGUUAAUGUUUCUACUUGUGUCUUUGGUUUUUAAGAGAAGAGGUGUGCUUUUAUUCGCGCCAGUGUUGUACAUUUCUGGGAUGAUGUUGUAUAUGGGAUCUUUGAGUUUUGACGUAGAUUUGAAUUUAAAGAAUGGCGGUGUUGUUGUAAGAAAGCGUCCUCCGCCGGGGUCCGUGUACCGGAGUCCACAGGUUUUUAAUAAGCUGUGGCCGCAUAUGGAGGCUGAGAGCAAUGGAAGCUUCAAUGCGCUGAAGAGGGCAUGGGAUCCAAAACUGCAUGAAGGUUGGAAGCCUUGUGGCAAGAAGAAUAUUUCUGAAGCAGAAUUGCCAAAGUCUAAUGGUUUUCUUAUAAUUGAGGCCAAUGGUGGCUUGAAUCAACAACGUUUAUCGAUAUGCGAUGCAGUUGCUGUGGCAGGGCUACUGAAUGCUACUCUUGUCAUUCCAAUUUUUCAUUUGAACAGUGUCUGGCAAGAUUCUAGCAAAUUCAGAGACAUAUUUGAUGAAGAUUUCUUUAUACAUGCACUUAAGAAUGACGUGGAUGUAGUUCCAGAACUCCCAAGAGAUGUACUUGAGCAGUUUGACAACAACAUAAGUAGUAUUGUAAAUUUGAGAGUAAAAGCUUGGUCCAGUCCAACGUACUAUCUUCAGAAAGUGCUUCCAAAGCUGAGGCAGAUGCGGGCAGUUCGAAUUGCCCCUUUCUCCAAUAGACUGGCUCAAGCAGUUCCCCCAAAUAUCCAGAGGCUUAGAUGCUUAUCCAAUUUUCAAGCACUGAGGUUUUCAGAACCUAUAAGAACACUUGCAGAGAAAAUGGUUGAUCGAAUGGUUAAUAAUAGCUCACAGAGUGGGGGGAAAUAUGUCUCUGUGCAUCUUCGGUUUGAAAUGGAUAUGGUUGCAUUUUCAUGCUGCGAGUAUGAUGGCGGGGAGGAAGAGAAACAUGAAAUGGAUAUUGCUCGAGAAAGAGGCUGGAGAGGAAAAUUCAGGAGAAGAGGUAGGGUAAUAAGGCCAGGAGCAAAUCGUGUGGAUGGUAGAUGCCCUUUAACUCCAUUGGAGGUUGGAAUGAUGCUUAGGGGUAUGGGUUUUGAUAAUACUACGUCAGUUUAUGUUGCAGCUGGUAAUAUUUAUAAAGCAGACAAGUUUAUGGCUCCACUUAAACAGAUGUUUCCACGUUUGGAAACAAAAGAUACAUUAGCUACUGCAGAAGAACUUGCUCCGUUUAAGGGCUACUCAUCUAGGUUGGCUGCUCUGGAUUAUACAGUUUGCCUGCACAGUGAAGUCUUUGUCACAACUCAGGGUGGAAAUUUUCCCCACUUUUUGAUGGGUCAUAGGCGUUAUUUGUUUGGAGGUCAUGCAAAGACAAUUAAACCAGACAAAAGAAAGUUGGCUCUCUUAUUUGAUAAGCCUAAUAUCAGAUGGGAAGUCUUCAAGCGACAAAUGCAAGAUAUGCAUCGGCACAGUGAUGUCAAGGGAUCUGAAAUGAGAAAAUCGGGUGGAUCACUUUACACAUUCCCUAUGCCUGAUUGCAUGUGUAAAAUCCCCAAAGCAAGACACGGAGACAACAAUAACAACACAAUGAAACUGAAGUUCUAACCAGAUGAUGGUUUCUGGAGGAUUUCUUACACACACACACAGACGCAUAUAUAUAUUUGGAUGUAUCAUGAAAAGCAAUGAGUAGAAAAGAAAGUGUCAUUAUUGUUGAGAACAUUAGAGGUUUUAUUCUUUGAGGUCCAUUGCCUCGGCUAUAAUUAGAUUUUGUACUCAAAUUUCACUGUAAAUGAUGUAGUAAUCGUACAAGACAAAAGCAAAAAAAACAAAAAAAAAAUCUGCAUAUUCGUUUUUGCAUUCGAAGCUUAGGCAAAGUUAACGCAAAUGAAAUGAGAGGUUUAUGGUAUCA